AUGGCAACUAUCUCAGGAGAUGAUGGCCCUACUGCGCCAGCCCCUCCUGUAGUCAACGAUUCAAACUCUAUACCUGCGACCAAGGAAGAGAAGGCUCUACCCAAACUCACGCCAUCCGAGUUUCGUCAGUACAACAGGAUGGCCGAACAUAUGAACUAUUUCCACGAUAACUUCCGUGCGACCUGGAAAGUUCUCUAUGGGGCUUGUGAGGCACAGAAGAGGCCCAAGAACAUGUCUAUCCGCCAGUUCAUUAGCACAGGCCAGCAAUUUUGCCAUCACCUCACGGUGCAUCAUACGAUAGAAGAACAACACAUCUUCCCUGUACUAGCCAAAAAGAUGCCCGCUUUCAAAAAGGAACUCGAGCUUCUUACGCAGCACAAGCAGAUCCACAAGGGUCUCGAUAAGCUGGAAAAGUAUCUAGAAGAUUGUGAGAGCGGGGAGAGGGAGUUGCGAUUGGGUGAGUUGAAGGAGAUCCUGGAUUCAUUUGGGGAUGUAUUGUGGCAACAUCUGGACGACGAGGUUAAGCAGCUGGAAGCGGAGAAUAUGAGAAAAUACUGGAGUUUAGAGGAGAUGAGGAGGAUUCCUAUGUAA